AUCAUCCAUUCAAUGUAUGCUCCAGACAACAAAUGAUCCAAGAACUCUGCACCGAGUUAAAUGAGAUCUCAGCCGAUAAUCUAUCUUGCGUCCUCCCUGCUCUGAAGGAUCGUUCGUUCCUCAAAAUGGCGGCAGAGACCACCGGGCUGGCCAAGCUAGAUACCUUUCUGGCCAAUAUAUUCGCCAAAUGGGAUAUCUACUCAACCAUCAUCGCCACCAUAAUUGUUCUAUUUGUCACAUACUCUUUAUUAUCUUCAAGGGACCCCGAUGUUCAUCCUUAUCUUCUUGCUAGACAAUCUACAGAAGCUCCCGUUAGACAACCCGGUCAAUCAGCUGCUUUUAGAAACCUCGAGGUGCCUCAUGGCUUUCCCUUGAAGCAUGGCCUCAAUGUAAAGGACCCUGAAGCUCCAAAGUGGACAGGUGGACGCAAUGGAGAUUUGCGGGAUAUCUGGAAAUUGGCCAUUUCUGGUUCAAACGGCGAAAUCGGAACCACUCCCGGACAACGCGGCAAGCUAUUCAGUGUCCUAGGAAAGAAAGCUAUUGAGCGCAAUCUCGACGACAUCACAGCAGAGAUCAAUGUUAUCGGCAGAUAUGUCCAGGAAUCCGAGGCAAAGGUUGUCGCUGUCAGCUUGUCCGACUCGGUCGAACUAUUAGCUUCACUGUUCGCUAGCGCAUUCUACAGCUUCCAGGUAGUUUUGAUUCCUCACAAUCUUGAUCCUAAGCAGCUCGGAAGCUAUCUCAAGAAGAAUCAGGCAGAAUUGCUCAUCGCGGAAGCAGGCGCUGUGGAUCUCACAGUGGUCACAGUAGGUAACAAGCAGCUAAAAAAUGUCAUCUGGAUUGCGAAAGAGGGAAGCAGACACAUGGAUUGGAACGAGGUCCCGGAAAAGCUUGCGGGCAGCGUCAAGGUUGCCGUCUGGCAUGAACUUGUUCAGGAGAAGAAGACCCUCAAGGACACAGAGGUUCCUGGUUACGAUCCUAAGGCUACAACUCCUUCUAUAUUUGCUUUCUGGCCGACCACCCAGGAGUUCAUUGAGUACAAACCUCAAAAUCUUGUAUCCGGAGUUGGUGCACUUUUGAGCUCCUUACCAAGAAACCAACGGUUGGACUCCAACGACGUGGUUUUGACAAUUGACUCACUCAUGCACCCAUACGCAUUGUGUUGGAUUUUGGCUGCCCUUUAUUCUAAUUCUUCCAUUGCGCUAAACUCGGUCGCUGGUGAAGGAGUUGACUUUGCACUUGCAACCCUCGGCAUUUCGCCAACCGUGAUCGUCUCAUCAGCACGCACCAUCUCCGACUAUCACAAGAAGUUCAUGAAGCCCCAUACCGGUCUUGUCUCAUCUAUCAGCCGUUUGACUCAAGCACGUGCACUUGAUGCUGGUCGAAUGCCUUCACAGAAUAUACUCAGUCGGUUAGCCAACAUUGGCCCGACUGCUGAAUUGUCGUUGUCGAAGCUUCGCUUGCUUGCUGUGUCCUAUCGCGUAGAUGGCUCACCAGACGAUCUUCUGAGCUCGGAGCUACUGACCGACCUUCGAAUCUUUACAGGUGCUCGCAUAGUGUAUGCCUUGACUGCACCAGGUAUUGCCGGUGCUAUCGCUCAAACACAUCUCUUUGAUUACAGACGGCACGAGGGACCUGCCCAUUUUGGUGCCCCAUUAAGCAGUGUCGAGAUUGUUUUGAGUGGUCAUAUCGAGGACACUGGUAUUGAGAGAGCCGUUGAGGGACAGCUUACCGUCACUGGACCGGCAGUGGUUACGAAUACAAUUACGAUUCCUGUGCGUGCACGUUUCCGUGACGAUAACACGCUGCAGUUACUCAAGUAAAGAGUUGAUUCUCAAGUCAUGCAAUUUUAGGUUUAUUGAAAUCUGCAAACCUUUCUUGGAACAUAGUGAUAUUCCAUUUGAGGCUUUCUGUAUGAUUUAGACGGCUUUCAUAUGAACAUGAUGAUAUUCUUCAAAAUUCGUGAAUGCAAAGACAUACAUUCUUUUGGCCCGUGGGAAGAUUGAAUGAUGAUUUAAGGCCAGGGAAUAAAUACCUAGCCAGACGAAUGUAAAAGUACACGAAGUUAUAGUAAAAUACACUAUUGAAUAGAACACGCCGAGGUUCUUAUGCAACUACCAUCUCAGACCACUGUCUAGAGGAUAGCUUGAGCUUCCCUAAGACCCAGCGUGGGCUGUUUCUUCCUCUCCUCAGGAGCAGGAUCCACUGCUUUAGAAGCAACAGUUUUCAAUUGCUUCAACCGCUGCUCAAUAGAUUUCGUCAGGUUUUGAUCCUGUGCCACGCUCUUGACUUGUCGCACCAUCUCCAAAGCCGAAUAUAUAAGUGUAACUUCUUGUAAAAGUGUAUCCGUCUCGUACCAUGAACCUAAUUCACGAUCCAACGCAGCUAGAUCCCACGUUCCCAACAGCUUCUGUACAUAAGAUAGUACUUUACCAUUAACAUCCUCACCGCCAGCCUGGUCAAGGGCACAAGCGGCACUUAACUCCGUAAGUACCCCAAUGAAAAACGGCUGCCGUUUCGGAUCUUGCGCAAUAUCUUUGUUGGUAUGUUCAGCCCACUCCAUCAAUUGAGCCGCCUGCUCUGCAUAUCGGAGUGCAGCCGCCGUCUGCUCACCCUUGAACUCCGCCCUUUUGGCCUUUUGGUGCAACUCAAAUGCAAAUCGGAACGCGACGUUGCGAUUCGCGAACGAAAACCCUGUCCUGCUGGACUGUUUCGCAGCCUCGAGGAUAAAUGCAAGCGUGUCCGACUUGCCCGCUAACCGAACCCAUUUCUCGAUAUUGUCGGUUUUAGGCUUAUACUUUGAGUGCAGAGAUCCUAUCAGGAGCGGAACGAAGUUCUUCCAAUCCUGGGUAUUUUUCAUUGCUUCCACUGCCUGAUUGACUUCGCGCUUGUCCGGGAGAGACUGUCGGUUCCUGGGUCGAAGGGUGAAUUCUUCGUUUCCAAUUGUAAUUUUCACUUGUUCCUGCUCUAGGCGCUCGCGGUACCUGUCGCGGAAGAUGAGGCGUUUUUGGUGCUCGGCAAAGUACAUGGGUACGAAGAGUUCUUGUCGUAUGCGAUUUAGUUUUUGGUCUAGGUCCACGGAGGAGCUUUGGGU